AUGACAACAGCUUCACCCCCGCACGGCUCCGGGCCCGGGCGGGUCACGGCGGCGGGCGGAGCGGCAGGGCCGGGCCCGGGGCCGGAGAGGCCCGGGGCGAAGGUGGCGAUCGCCGAGGCAGCAUCGCUGCGGGUGUCGCGGGAGCUGCGCUGGCUGGCGGCCGAAGUCGGGCGGCGUAAAGAGCCGCAGGAGCCGCUCUGCCCCGGCAGCGCCAGCCCCGAGCGGCAGCGGCUGCGGGCCGAGAACGACAGGCUGCGCUACCGCCUCCUGCUCCUGCGCCACGGCUCGGCGGCCGAGCGGGGCCGGCCGGCGCCGGUGCAGGCCGGGGCCGCUCGGAGUGGGGGGGCGAGCAGUGGACUACGGGCUGGCCGGGCCUCUGCGGGGAGAGACGGGACAGGGGCACUCACGGCGCCGAACCGCCCGUCCCCAGCCCGCGGGGGUCGCGGUGCUCCGCGGGUGGGAGCCGGUCGCGGUGUCUGCCCGCAGCACUGAGCAGUGGACCUGCCUUUGCGCGUGCAUCAUAGAAUCAGAGAAUGGCUUGAGUUGAGAAAGACCCUAAAGAUCAGUCCUGUUGUUCCAACUCCCUGCCGUGGGCAGCAACACCUUCCACCAGACCAGGUUGCUCAGAGCCCCAUCUGACCCGGCCUUGAACGCAGCCAGGGAUGUGGCAUCCACAUUUUCUCUGGGUGAACCUGUGCCAGAUA